UAAAACCGGGUCUAAUAGGAGGUGAUUUGUCCAAGAGGCAAGUUAAGAUAGCACAAAAAAACUCCAUUUAUGUUAGCUUCUUCUUCUUCUUCUUCUUUUUUCCUUGAAUUGAAUUAACCUAGGUGAUUCCUAUCAUAUUCUUACUCUUUUGAACCUUUUUCAUCUUGAACUCUUCAUGAGUUUGUUCAUAAUAAUUAUAGUGUUGUUGCGUAAGUGAAUUAGCAUAGAAAUGAGCAACACAAUGAGGCCAAGGAGCCAAGUGAUGUUUAAUUUGGUUUAUGAUAGAGGUUGACACACAUCCCUCUUUCCAUCUUUUUCUAUAACAAAUUCCACACAUAACAUAUCAAUCUUUUCCAUUUCCUUCAAAUAAAAAAUAUGGAUAGCAAGAGCCAUAUGAAGGGAAAAGUGAACAAGAAAUUAGGCAUGAUGAUCACAAAAACAUGGGAGAGAUGCAAGUCCAUAGGAAGAGGAGGGUAUAAGAGUAAAUAUUCAUCAUCAACAAUAAAUCCAACAGCAACAAGAAGAAGUAAAUCAUGGCCUAUUCGUCGAGGGGACGAAAAGGGUGAAAAGAAAUUAGGAAGUGUUGUGGUCCCACAAGGAUAUUUCUGUGUGUAUGUGGGACCACAGAUGCAAAAGUUUGUUAUAAAAACAGAAUAUUGUAACCACCCUCUGUUCAAGAUUUUACUUGAAGAAGCUGAAACAGAAUACGGUUAUAGUAGCCAAGGACCUUUGGCUCUACCUUGUAAUGUUGAUGUGUUUUACAAGGUUUUGAUGGAAAUGGACAGUGAAGUCAUGAAUUCUCGUCAAGGUUGUGCUUUUCGUGGAAAUUACCGUUCUCGUUCUUCUUAUCAUCUUCUUUCCCCUUCAAGAAUCCUUGCCUUAAACAACUCCUGAUCAUUAUGGAUUAUUUAGUUUCCCAUUAAUGUAAAAUUAAGUAUAGAGAUCAAUUGAAAACUUUUAUUUUAUUUUAUUUUUUAAUCUUUUUUGUUUUUCUAAAAUAAAUAUGUAAGAUAAAUUACUCUUUUAGUCUUUAUCUUAUGUUUUGGUUUCAAUGUAGUCUCUUAACUAUUUUUGUGUUCUA